AGAAUAAGAAGAAUGGCCUUCUGCUUCACACAAUCCAACAUCUCAAUGCAGGUGAUAUGAAGUAUUGAAGACAGAAACAAUAACCUCAGCUGUUAACCAGGUGGAUGACCCAUCGCAGCGCUGAUCAGCCUAUAGAAUCCAAUCAGAAAUUAUCUGAAACCUUUGCAGCCAUGUCGACAGCAAUGGAGGGAGUAGGGUUCAUCAUGAGCAUCAUUGGGUUUCUGCUCACCGGGGCAUCGCUGGCUAACGACUACUGGAAGAUCUCCACGGUGUCGGGCAGCGUCAUCAUCUCUCAGAGGCAGUUUGAGAAUUUAUGGCACGCCUGUGCCGAGAACAGUGGCGGCAUCGCCGAGUGUCGGGAUUUUGAAUCUAUGCUGGCCCUGCCUGGUCAUAUUCAAGCAUGUCGUGCUUUGAUGAUCAUCUCUUUGCUGCUCGGCCUCUGCUGCAUGAUCGUCUCUCUGCUCGGACUCAAGUGCAUCAAGAUUGGGUCGGCCACAGAUGAGUCCAAGGGCAAGAUGGCCGCUGCUGGAGGCAUCCUGGGCAUCCUGGGAGGUCUAUGCUGCAUCAUAGCCUGCUCCUGGUACGGAGUCCAGGUGGUUCAGGACUUCAACAACCCUUUAUAUGGAGGAGUAAGGUUUGAGUUGGGUUCAGGCCUCUACAUCGGGUGGGGGGGAGGCUCCCUAUGCAUCCUGGGUGGAGGUCUCCUCUGCAGCGCCUGUAAGAGAGCAUCACCUGCUGGCAAGAAAGGAGGUUACCCAGGAAAGGUCUACACUGCUACGGCACGGUCCGAACAAGAGUCUGGCAGAGCUUAUGUCUAAUCCCACCUGAAAACUUUUCUAUAAGGACUCUGUUGGCUCGUCUGUUUCUAAAGGUUUAGAUUUUAGGCUGUACAAAGAAAGUAAAGAAAAAAAAACAUGAUGCUUUUUUUUCCAUAAACAGUUUUUAGGGGACAAAAUAAAUGUACUUGGAUUAUAGAGACACACAGUCUCAGAUGUUUAGAACCAACCGUUCACUCUCAUUAUACCGUAGCUGUCUUCGAUCUUUUGUCUGAAUUACUAAUCUUUACUGUUUUACAUAUUUUUGCUUAAGAAAAUAUUUUUGAUUACUGAUUAUUUCAAUGA